UCAUUGCACCUUUUUUGACAUGACAGCACUUUUCUCCAACUGAUCUUUUCCACAUUUCCAUCAUUGAAAUCAUGAAUGUCCAAGUAAGAAGAUUGCUUCAUUUCAUUUAAGAUAAACAUGGGCAGACUUGCUACACGUCCUUCAACCAUGAAAAUACUCUUUGGGUUCAUGAUUCUUACAGUCUUGAUGCUCAUUUGCAUGGAACCAAACCAAGUUGAAGCCCAAGUGGAGCCGCCCUAUCCUCCAGGUUAUGAAGUAAGAGCUCUUCGUGAGAUAGCAACAGAACUUGGGAAGAAGGAUUGGAAUUACAAUGAAAACCCUUGCAACAAUAAGUCGAGUUGGUUUACUCCACCGCCGCCGCCAAAUGUGCCUGAGGCCAUUAACAACAGUACUGUCACCUGCAAUUGCUCCUUCCCCAAUGGUGAAUGUCAUAUUGAUGGCAUCUACCUUUUGGGGCAGGAUCUUGAUGGUGUUCUACCUCGCUCACUUGUCAAGCUAUCAUAUAUUAAAGUAUUGGUACUAUAUCUCAACUAUCUUAAUGGCGAAAUACCACGUGAAUGGGCUGCUCUGAAGUUGGAGACACUGAGUGUUGCUAUGAACCGCUUAUCGGGGCCAAUUCCAAGCUAUUUAGGAAACAUAACCUCUCUAAAAUAUCUGAGCCUGGAGAACAACCUGUUUUCUGGAACUAUUCCUCCCGAGUUUGGGAAAUUGGUCAACCUGGAAAACCUUACUCUUAGUGCUAACUAUCUCGUCGGAAAGUUUCCCUCAUCCCUGGCUAAUCUGUCUAAUAUAAAAGAACUUAGGAUUAGCAGUAACAAUUUCUCUGGUAAGAUGCCCGACAUUUUUCAAAGUUGGAAGCUACUUGAGAAAUUAGAGAUUCAAGCUAGUGGUUUUGAAGGGCCAAUUCCUUCAAGCUUAGCACUCUUGCAUAACUUAGUGGAACUAAGGAUCAGUGACUUACCUGGAGAGGGUUCAAAGUUUCCGAACUUAAAAAAUAUGAAAAACAUGUACAGAUUGAUAUUACGUAGCUGCAACAUAUCUGGACCAAUCCCUGAUUACAUAUGGGAACUUUCGCAACUGCAAAUUUUAGAUCUCAGCUUCAACAACUUGGAAGGUAACAUUUCAGAAACUGAAGGCCUUACAAGUACGCAAUACAUGUAUCUGACACACAACUCGCUUAGUGGGCACAUUCCAAAUUGGUUGAGUAUUAGAGACAGCCGCUACCAAAUAGAUCUUUCUUAUAAUAAUUUUACUGAAAGCUCUGACUCGUCUUCUUGUCGGGAAAAUCUAAAUUUGUUCAAAAGCUUCUCAGGAGGCAAAACCCUAGGACUAGAUAACUGCCUGAAGAACUUUCCUUGCUCAAAAGAUUGGUAUUCAGUAAAUAUAAACUGUGCUGGAGGAGCAACAACGAUUAAUGGCAUCGACUAUGAGGGUGAUGAAGACUUAGGAGGUCCAGCAAAAUAUUUUCCCCUCAGAGAGACUUGGGAAACUAGUAGCACGGGGCUUUUCUGGGAUACCGAUGUUACUUCAGGGGACUUUAUAGCACAAAACGUUUCCAUUCUCAGAAUAAAGAACUCCGCAUUAUACACAAGAGCACGCCUCUCUCCUCUUUCUCUGACAUAUUACUUCCGUUGCUUAGCAAAUGGAAAUUAUACGGUUACACUUCACUUUGCGGAGAUAGUUAUCAGAGACAAUAGAUCCUAUCAAAGUCUUGGAAGAAGGAUAUUUGAUGUUUAUGUCCAGGAGAAACUAGAAUUGAAAGAUUUCAAUAUUCAAAAUGAGACAAAGGGUGUCGAUAAAGCGGUUGUAAGGAAAAUUAAAACGGUUGUCAGUGACAAAACUUUGACAAUACGCUUUCACUGGGCUGGGAAAGGGACAACUGCAACCCCAAGAAGAGGAACAUAUGGGCCCUUGAUAUCAGCUAUUUCAGUAGACUCUGAUCACAAGCCUCGAGUUCUCAAUUCAUGGGAAAAGAAUUUGAAGUUCGUAGUGGCAGCUGUUGUUUCUGUUCUGUGCCUGAUUUUGGUAAUCUUAGGCAUUCUAUGGCGGAAAGGCUAUUUUCAACCCAAGCCAUCAAGGGAACAAGUCUUGAGGGGGUUAGAUCUGCAGACUGGCUUUUUUACCUUCAGACAAAUGCAAGCUGCUACAAACAACUUUGACGCUGCAAAUAAAAUUGGAGAAGGUGGUUUUGGGGCCGUCUACAAGGGCGAAUUGCUUGAUGGCACCAUAAUUGCGAUUAAAAAACUUUCUUCAAAAUCAAGACAAGGAGAUCGAGAAUUUUUGAAUGAACUAGGCAUGAUUUCAGGAUUACAACACCCGAAUGUUGUUAGAUUGUAUGGAUGUUGCGUUGAGGGAACUCAGCUGUUAUUGGUAUAUGAAUACAUGGAAAAUAAUAGCCUUGCACAUGCUUUAUUCGGUCCUAAAGAAAGCCAGCUGAAAUUAAACUGGCCUACUAGGCAGAAAAUUUGUCUUGGCAUAGCAAAGGGCCUAACUUUCCUGCAUGAGGAAUCAAGUUUAAAAGUUGUACAUCGAGACAUCAAAACCACCAAUGUGCUACUUGAUAGCGAUCUCAAUGCUAAAAUCUCUGACUUCGGUUUGGCCAAGUUUGAUGAGGAGGAAAACACCCAUAUUAGCACCAGAAUUGCUGGAACUAUAGGAUACAUGGCCCCUGAAUAUGCAUUAUGGGGCUAUCUCACCUACAAGGCAGACGUUUAUAGUUUUGGGAUUGUUGCAUUAGAGAUUGUUGCUGGGAAGAACAAUACAAAAUACCGACCUGAAGAGGAUUAUGUAUGCCUUCAAGAUUGGGCUCUUGUUUUACAACAAAAGGGAAACUUAAUGGAGCUGGUGGAUCCUAGGUUGGGGACGGAGUUCAAUGAAGAAGAGGCAAUUAGGAUGACAAAAGUAGCCUUACUCUGCACUAAUUCAUCCCCAGCACUUAGACCAACCAUGUCUGAAGUAGUAAACAUGCUUGAAGGUCGAACCCUGGUUCCUGAAUUAAUCUUGGACCCAAGUAUAUUUUCUGAUGAGUCGAGAUUCGGAGCAGUAAAAGACCAAUUUAAUCGAAUGCAAUCUCGGAGUAGUAAAACCACCACGAUUACUCAGUCAUCGGAUUCAACUUCAACAGUAUGGAUUGGCUCUUCCUCAACACUUGUUGAACAAAAGAACAUGGGAAGAGUUGCUCAGUGUCCUUCAACCAUGAAGAUACUCUUUGGGUACAUCAUUGUUACAGUCCUCUUGGUGCUUAUUUGCAUGGAACCAAACCAAGUUGAAGCCCAAGUGGAACCGCCUUAUCCUCCCCGGUAUGAAGUAAAAGCUCUUCGUGAGAUAGCGGCAGAACUUGGAAAGAAGGAUUGGAAUUUCAGUGAAAAUCCUUGCAACAAUAAGUCAAGCUGGUUUACUCCACCGCCGCUACAUGGGUCUCGUGCCGUCAACAACAGUACUGUCACCUGCAAUUGCUCCUUCACCAAUGGUGAAUGUCAUAUUGAUGGCAUCUAUCUUGUAGGGCAGGAUCUUGAUGGCGUUCUUCCACGCUCACUUGGGAAGCUAUCAUAUAUUAAGACAUUACAUCUCUAUAUGAACUAUCUUAAGGGUACAAUACCACAUGAAUGGGCUGCACUAAAGUUGGAGACGGUGACACUUGCCAUGAACCGCUUAUCAGGGCCAAUUCCAAGCUAUUUAGGGAACAUAACCACUCUAAAAUAUCUGAGCAUCGAGAACAACCUGUUUUCUGGAACUAUUCCUCCUGAAUUUGGGAGAUUGGUUAACCUGGAAAACCUUACUCUUAAUGCUAACUAUCUUACCGGAAAGUUUCCCUCGUCCCUUGCUAAUCUCUCCAACCUAAAAGAACUUAGGAUUAGCAGUAACAAUUUCACUGGAAAGAUGCCCGACAUUUUUCGAAGUUGGAAGCAACUUGAGAAAUUAGAGAUUCAAGCUAGUGGUUUUGAAGGGCCAAUUCCUUCAAGCUUAGCACUCUUGCAUAACUUAGUGGAACUAAGGAUCAGUGACCUACCUGGAGAGGGAUCAAAGUUUCCGAACUUAAAAAAUAUGAACAACAUGUACAGGCUGAUGUUAGGUGGCUGCAAUAUAUCUGGACCAAUCCCAGAUUAUGUAUGGGAAUUUUCGCGACUGCAAAUUUUAGAUCUCAGCUUCAAUAAUUUGGAAGGUAGCGUUUCAGAUUCUGAAAGCCUUACAAAAACACAGUACAUGUACCUGACAAAAAACUCUCUUACUGGGCGCAUUCCAGAUUGGAUGAGUAUUAGAGAUAGCCGCUACCAGAUAGAUCUUUCUUAUAACAAUUUUUCUGAAAGCCUUCAGUCGCCUUCUUGUCGGGAAAAUCUAAAUUUGUUCCAAAGCUUUGCAGGAGGAAAAGACUUAGGAUCGGAUAACUGCCUGAAGAACUUUCCUUGUUCGAAAGAUUGGUAUUCAGUAAAUAUAAAUUGUGGUGGAGGAGCAACAACUAUUAAUGGAGUCGACUAUGAGGCAGAUGAAGACUUCGGAGGUCGAGCAAAAUAUGUUCCACUCAAAGAGACUUGGGAAACUAGUAGCACUGGACUUUUCUGGGAUACCACUCCUACUUCAAUGGACUUUAUAGCUCAAAAUGUUUCUGUUCUCAGAACAAACAACUCUGAAUUAUACACAAGAGCACGCCUUUCUCCUCUUUCUCUCACGUAUUACUUCCGUUGCUUAGCAAAUGGAAAUUAUACGGUUACACUUCACUUUGCAGAGAUAGUUAUUAGAGACAAUAGAUCCUAUCAAAGUCUUGGAAGGAGGAUAUUUGAUGUUUAUGUACAGGAGAAACUUGAAUUGAAAGAUUUGAAUAUUAAAAAUGAGGCAAAGGGGGUCGAUAAAGCAGUCACAAGGAAAUUUAAAACAGUUGUGAGGAACAAAACUUUGACAAUACGCUUUCACUGGGCUGGGAAGGGGACAACUGCAAUCCCAAGAAGAGGAACAUAUGGUCCCUUGAUAUCAGCUAUCUCAGUAGACUCUGAUAUCAAGCCUCCAGUUCUUAGUGGCCGGAAUAAGAAUAUGAAGUUCAUAGUGGGAGCUGUUGUUUCUGUUCUGUGCCUGAUUUUCAUAAUCUUAGGCAUUCUACGGUGGAAAGGCUAUUUUCGAUGCAAGCCAUCAAGGGAACAAGUCUUGAGGGGGUUAGAUCUUCAGACUGGCUUUUUUACUUUCAAACAAAUGAAAGCUGCCACAAACAAAUUUGACGCUGCAAAUAAAAUUGGAGAAGGUGGUUUUGGGGCCGUCUACAAGGGCGUAUUGCUUGAUGGCACCAUAAUUGCAGUUAAAAAACUUUCUUCAAAAUCAAGACAAGGAGAUCGAGAAUUUUUGAAUGAACUAGGCAUGAUUUCAGGAUUACAACACCUGAAUGUUGUUAGGUUGUAUGGAUGUUGCGUUGAGGGAACUCAGCUGUUGUUGGUAUAUGAAUUCAUGGAAAAUAAUAGCCUUGCACAUGCUUUAUUCAGUCCUACAGAAAGCCAGCUGAAAUUAGACUGGCCUACUAGGCAGAAAAUUUGUCUUGGCAUAGCAAAAGGCCUAACUUUCCUGCAUGAGGAAUCGAGUUUAAAAGUUGUACAUCGAGACAUCAAAACCACCAAUGUGCUACUUGAUAGCGAUCUCAAUGCUAAAAUCUCUGACUUCGGUUUGGCCAAGUUUGAUGAGGAGGAAAACACCCAUAUUAGCACCAGAAUUGCUGGAACUAUAGGAUACAUGGCCCCUGAAUAUGCAUUAUGGGGCUACCUCACCUACAAGGCAGACGUUUAUAGUUUUGGGAUUGUUGCAUUAGAGAUUGUUGCUGGGAAGAACAAUACAAAAUACCGACCUGAAGAGAAUUAUGUAUGCCUUCAAGAUUGGGCUCUUGUUUUACAACAAAAGGGAAACUUAAUGGAGCUGGUGGAUCCUAGGUUGGGGACGGAGUUCAAUGAAGAAGAGGCAAUUAGGAUGGCAAAAGUAGCCUUACUCUGCACUAAUUCAUCCCCAGCACUUAGACCAACCAUGUCUGAAGUAGUAAACAUGCUUGAAGGUCGAACCCUGGUUCCUGAACUAAUCUUGGACCCAAGUAUAUUUGCUGAUGAGUCGAGAUUCGGAGCAGUAAAAGACCAAUUUAAUCGAAUGCAAUCUCGGAGCAGUAAAACCACCACGAUUACUCAGUCAUCGGAUUCAACUUCAACUGUAUGGCUUGGCUCUUCCUCAACACUUGUUGAACAUCAAUGAAAUUUCAAAGCAAACUUGAUUGAUACUUUAAAAACAAUAAAAAAUAAUAAUAAUCUGGGUUUAUGUAUACAGUUUCUUUAUUGUGACACAAAGUGUAAUUUAUUUGAAAAAUGAAUGAAAUAUGAUCAAUCAAAA